AUGAAGCAGGACUUUGAAGUGUUUCAGGAGCAAGCUGUCGCUAAAGCUUCUCUCUGUGAAGCUGAACUUCAGGAAUUAAUGCAUCAAACUAACAUCAUGGUAAACAGCAAGGAAGCAGAACGGGGAAGGAAGAUGAAAGCUUUAGAAGUGAAGAUGGGUAUCUAGGACCAACAAUUAGCAAGUGCCCAAAGCAAACCAGAUCGAAAAGGUCAAGAGGUGGGACUACUUCAACAGAAACUGGGAAACUUACAGAAAACUAAGUAUGAAACGGCUCAGAAUUAUGAAAAUCAGCUUCCAUCACUGCAAUCCCAAUUUUCAAAGCUGACACAUAGUUAUGAAAAGCUACAGUCAUAUCACAAAAAAAAAAAAAAGGAUGAAAGUAGAGAAAAAUGUGAGAAAGGCCCAGAGACACCAUCUGAACUGAGCAAUUUGUGCAAGAAUCUAGAGAAAGGGAUAAUCUGCUAAAAUGAUCAUCUAUAUAUAGAUGUUCAACAAAAAUUAUCAUCUGAGAAAUGUAAUUUAUUUCUUAAGACACAGACUUAUCAAUUCCAAAUAAGCAAUAAGAAACAAAACCAAGAGGAGGUAAUUACCUAUGGCCAGCCCAAAACUGAAAAGCAUGAGUCGAUUUUUGAAAAACUGCAGGCAACUGUGAACAAAAAAGCAAUAAGCAAGAAUGAACUAGGAGAAGGAAAUCUGAAAGUCCAUGAGGAUCUAAAAACAUACCCAAACCAGUACCAGAAGAUGGAGGCAGGCUUUUCAGAAAUGAGAAAUGCGAUGCAGUCACAGGAUGCUCUCUGGAGAAGGUUAAAACUGGAAUGCCAACAGUUGCAUACAGAACUAUUGAAAAUCAAAGAGUAUAAAGAUGUGCAUGUAUCAUCUUCUGUACAACUUACUGAGCAACCAGAAAAUAAAAACACUGAGUUAUUACUGUUGGCACAAAGUCAAGAACACAAAUGAGAAGAGCUAAACAAGUUGCUGGAAUUUCAAUACAAAGCUAUCAAAUCUGAAAACACACAUUUAAAAAAGAUGGUGGAAAACCAGGAACACAGAAGUUGCACAAGUAUAGAUUUAUCUAACAAAAAACACGGAAAUUUCACAUCUUACAUUCACUAACUGGAACAUGUGAGUGUAAGAUUGCAAAAUGGUCUUGUUAAACUACAAAAUGGCACAGAAACAUCAAUACUGGGUUGCAUGGAUACAUAUGGAGAAAUGGAGAACAGCUGACAAACCCAUUCAAAGAUGCAAGAAAAGGAAGAGAAGGAAUAUUUACAUUGUACAACUUUCCAAAAGAAAGAUGCACAGGGAAUGGAACAACAGACUGCUAUGCUCAGAGCCAGUAGACACCACAGAAAUUGUAGUCCUGCUUCAUGUGGCCAAUGCAGUACCACUGGUUCAAAAAGUGGCAGCACUUUAUCUUCUCAUACACGUCACAGAGGUCAUGAAAAGAAAAUAGAGGAUAAAUCUCCAUCACCACCAGUGGGGUCCCCUUUGGGCCUUGAUGGGCUCUUUCCUGACAAGGGCAGAACAGACAACUUACUGAGCACUGCUUACAACCCAGAAGAAAUACAAUUAUCAGUAAGUAACUAUUUUCCUAUAACACAAAAAUCCAUCUGUGGAUCCAAUGCAGCCUCGGAGGAGCCAAAAAUUAGAUCACCCCUGUUGCCAUUAGUAUUUAUACAGUGCCAGCCCAGCAAAAAUGGAAAUACCUUACCCUAA